CACGGUACGUGUUUACACGGCACGCUAAGAACACACGUUUAUUUAUAUAAUUAUUGCAUAUAGAGAGAGAAAGAGGAGGAGAGAGAGUUGUGAUGUAUACUCAGAGGGCUCUAUCAUUCAUUUCUAAUACACGAAUAUGGACGAGUUUGGAGUCUCUUACUCUUGACUUUCUUCUUUCAAAUUAGGGUUCUUUGACUGGUUCGCUCAAAUUGCAUUCCAAUCUCAAUAAAUUAACACAGGUCAAGAUUGGAAGCUAUAAAUGGAUAAAUCCGAUUCCAAUUACUUUAGUAACAGUCCUAUAAGCCGUUGCCUAUUCGAAUUUCAUACAGACGCCAUUGAAGACCCUGUUGGAGUAUUCCACGUUUCUUCUUCGGAACCCUCCUUCAAUGUCAGCUGCUUUGCCGGAGGAGUUCGAUCAUUGCGGUGGUCCUGACACCACCGCCGCCGCGACAACCACCUGUGGUAAUCAGGAGUUUACAAUUACAAUCGUUGAUGCUGGUGGGGUGUCUGCGGAGGCCGAAAUGGGGUUUGGUGGUGGGGCAAUUGAGGGUGUUUCUAUGAAGGCUUGUGAUUCAGGGAGUGUAAGCACACAAGGAGAGUUUGGGAGUUGGGAUGGUGUAAAUAAUAGUGACAUUAACAGGGACAAUUCUUCUUGGAGAUAUGGUGUUCAGCAGUACUUUGCCCCAUGGAUAGAGCAAAUUCCGCCUUUUUCUUUGCUGCUCUUGGUUGUCUUCAUCCGACAACAUUUAUUAGGCUUAUUUGUUGCAAUUUGGAUUGCUUCAGUCUUGUUCAAAUCAAAUGAUAUUUUACUAAAGCAAACAGCUCUGAAGGGAGAGAGGAAAAUCUCUGUUCUCAUUGGUAUCACUGUAAUAUUCAUUCUCCAUGUGGUUUAUGUCUAUUGGUGGUAUCGCAAGGAUGACCUUCUAUACUCAUUGGUCUUGCUUCCUCCAAAAGAAGUCCCUUCAUUUCGGCAUGCUAUAUUUGUCAUCAUGGUCAAUGAUACAAUGGUUAAACAGGUUGCAAUGGUCUUCAAAUGCAACCUUUUACUGUAUUACAAGAAUACCAGAGGCCGGAAGCAGGGUCAAAUGCUAACACUUGUUGAGUACAUGUUGCUGCUGUACCGUGCAUUGUUGCCAACACCUGUUUGGUGUCGUUUCUUUUUAAACAAACAAUACGGAAACCUCUUUUCAUUGUUGACUACAGGGUUGUAUUUAACUUUCAAGCUCGCAUCAGUUAUUGGGAAGGUUCAAUUCUUCUUUGAUGCAUUGAAGGUCUUAUCACGUAAGGAGUUAAAUUAUGGGUCGUAUGCCACUUCUGAACAGGUCAAUGCCACUGGAGAUCUUUGUGCCAUUUGCCAAGAGAAAUUGCAUGCUCCAAUUUUGCUUCCCUGCAAACACAUAUUCUGCGAAGAUUGUGUGUCAGAAUGGUUUGAGCGAGAAAGGACAUGCCCAUUGUGUAGGGAAUUGGUUAAACCAGCAGAUAUCAAAUCAUACGGUGAUGGAUCAACUAGUCUGUCUUUCCAGUUAUUCUAAGAUCUGACCAUUGGUACGAUGACCAAGAUCAGUUUGGCUGUGAAACCGAUGUCAAUUUGUUUGAAGAAUGCUGUUCGUAUAAUCUGAUCUCAUUGAUAUUUUGAAUUCGAAUUGGUCGCAUUGCUGUUUGCUGGGCAAAACUGCAGCCAUAAAACGUGCCAGAGGAAGACUGCCAUACAUCUAUAUGUUGUCUAACCACAAUGUCAUUGUAUCUCUUGGUCAUUCACUAUUUUUUGAAACCACAAAUAGUAACAUUAUACAAAAUUGUCUAUAGAGGUUCAUUCUUUGACUA